AUGGCAAGCGAAGAAAAAGAAAACUAUUUCAAACCAGUAUCUGAAGUUGUAGAAUCAACUGAGGUGUAUAAUGAUGGGAUAAAGAAAACUGAUGCUCAUGACUCAGCUGGAAACUAUAUUCAAGAAAUACAAUCUUUAUGUGUGAAUUGUGAAGAAAAUGGUGUGACAAGAAUACUAUUAACAAACAUUCCAUAUUUUCGAGAUGUUAUUUUAAUGUCAUUUGAAUGUCCUCAUUGCGGAUUUAAAAACUCUGAGAUUCAACCGGCAACUGAAAUACAAGAAAAUGGAUCAAAAUACGUAUUUAGGAUUGAAAAUAAAAAAGACUUUAAUAGACAAAUUGUCAAAUCUGAGACUGCUACUUGUAAAUUUAAAGAACUAGAAAUUGAAAUUCCCCCUAAAAGAGGGCAGUUAACUAAUUUAGAGGGAUUAUUAAGAGAAAUGGUUGAUGAUUUACAGAGUGGUCAACCUGUUCGAAAAUAUAAUGAACCAGAACUAUUCAAUAAAAUUGAAGGGUUCAUAAAUAAAGUAAACGAUGCUAUUGAUUGCAAAGAAGGAAUAUUACCCAUAACAUUUACAAUGAGCGAUCCUUCAGGAAAUUCCUGGAUUGAGUUUGUUCCCAACGAAGCUGCUCACAAGUGGUCUCUGACAAAAUUCAAAAGAACACCAGAACAAAAUGUAUUUUUGGGUCUAAUUACUCAAGACAAAAUGGAAGAAAAUAAAAAACUAGCAAAAGAAAGAGAAGAAAACGAAACCAAAUUUGCUAAACCAAUUUCGAAAGGUUUUAUUUCUGAGGAAACGGAGAUUGAAAAUUUCGAAAAUGAAGUCCAAACAUUCUACGCUACUUGUUCUUCAUGUUACAAGCCAUGUGAAACACACAUGAAAAUGGUUAAUAUUCCUCAUUUCAAAGAAGUCAUUAUUAUGAGCACGGUUUGUGAUCAUUGUGGGUACAGAUCCAACGAAGUUAAAACUGGGGGAGCUAUUCCAGAAAUGGGGAGGCGAAUUACAUUGAAAGUAGAUGAUCCUGAAGAUUUGAAGAGGGAUCUUUUAAAGUCAGAAACCUGUCAAUUGGUGAUUCCCGAAAUCAACUUGGACCUAACACCAGGCACCUUGGGCGGUAGAUUUACCACAUUGGAGGGAAUUCUAAGAGAAGUUUACGAAGAGCUUCAUAGCAAGGUUUUCACCGAAACAUCAGACUCGAUGGAAAGCGAAUCAAAACACAGCUGGCAAGCUUUUUUUGAGAAGCUACAAAAGGCAACCGAUGGGAAAAUGGUGUUUACAGUGAUCAUGGAAGACCCAUUAGCUGCCUCCUACAUUCAAAACGUGUAUGCUCCCGAUGACGACCCCAACAUGGUGGUGGAAGACUACGAACGAACCGAAGACCAAAACGAAACGUUGGGCCUCAACGACAUGCAAACAUAG